GCAUGGGUUGGGCUGAGUCUAGCAGAAAUCGUCUUCUUGCUCCUGAGGAAUACGGUCGCCACUAAGCCGCUAAACCCUAAAGCUGAACCUUAAACCCUAGAAUUCGCUCCGGUGUCUCUCUCUCUUCGCGGACACAGAGAAUAUGAAGCAAAAGAACCAGAAGAAGAAAGGGUUUGCCCCGAGAAGAGGCGGAAAGAAGGGUUCGGUGGAGCGCGACCCAUUCUUCGAGGAAGAGUCGAAGAAGCGGAGAAAAGUCGAUUAUGAUGACGAGGAUAUCGAAUCCAUGGAGUCCGACGAGGAUGAAAACGGGUUUUCCGGCGGAGGAAGCGGAGGCGAGGAGGAUAAGGAAGACGAAGAGGCGGAGGAUGAGUUUGCCCAUGAGACGGCGGGCGAGAGGCGGAAGAGGUUGGCGGAGGAAACUCUGAGGAGGAUAAGGGAGGCGAAGAAUAAAGAAAUGGAGGAACUCUACGACGACGAAGGUAGAGAAGAGGAAGAUGGUGUGAGGGAUUCGCUUGUUGCGAAGGCUCUGAUGCAGGAGCAGCUCGAGGAGAGUGGCCGUGUUCGAAAAGCCAUUGCUACCAGGGUUCAAGAACCGGAGAGUGCAGAUGGGUUUCGUGUUAUGGUUAAGCAUCGGCAAUCUGUAACUGCUGUAGCUUUAUCAGAUGAUGACUCAAGGGGGUUUUCAGCAUCAAAAGAUGGCUCUAUCUUUCACUGGGAUGUAUCUUCUGGAAAGAGAGAAAGAUACAGGUGGCCCAGUGAUGAAAUUUUGAAGUCGCAUGGUGUGAAAGAUCCUGUGUUUCCAAGUAAAAAGCAUAGCAGAGAAACUACAGCUUUGGCCGUUAGUUUUGAUGGUCGUUAUUUGGCAUCUGGAGGUUUGGAUCGUCAUAUUCAUUUGUGGGACACCCGUACCCUAGAGCAUGUACAGGUCUUUCCAGGUCAUCGAGGACCUGUUUCUUGCCUUUGUUUCAGACAAGGAACUGUAGAACUUUUUUCUGGUUCAUACGAUCGAACAGUCAAGAUAUGGAACGCAGAGGAUAAAUCAUAUAUAAGUACGUUAUUUGGACACCAGGAUGAAGUUUUAACUAUUGAUUGUCUUAGGAGGGAACGUGUACUCACAGUUGGGCGUGACAGGACCAUGCAGUUAUUUAAGGUGCCUGAGGAGUCCCGUUUAGUCUUCCGUGCUCCUGCAUCAAGUCUUGAAUGCUGUUGUUUCAUCAGUAAUGAUGAGUUCUUAUCCGGUUCAGAUAAUGGAACAAUUGCACUUUGGACCAUGCUACGGAAAAAACCAGUUUACAUUGUAAAAAAUGCACAUCCUGUUACAGAUGGUGAAAUGGCCAACGGGAGUUUAGAAAACGGCGGUCAUGUUCCUGACAACUAUAACUGUUCGUCAGCGAAUUCUUGGGUCAACUCAGUUUCCGUUUGUAGAGGAAGUGAUCUUGCUGCAUCAGGAGCAGGUAAUGGUUCUGUGCGUUUAUGGGCCAUCGAAAGUGAAUCCAAAGCCAUUCAGCCUUUGCACCAGCUUCCACUGUCUGGAUUUGUGAACUCAUUGGCUUUUGCUAGAUCCGGACAGUUUCUGAUCGCUGGAGUCGGAAAGGAACCACGGCUCGGAAGGUGGGGCAGCAUAAAAUCGGCACAAAACGGUGUUGCAAUACAUCCCUUGAGGCUUUCAUGAGAGAUGCUUUCUUUCUUGGAUAACAUCAACUGUUAAUUGUUUUUGCCCAUUUGUAGCCAUUGUUUUCUUCUUUUUUUUCUUCUUUUCAGUGAUCAUUGAUCAAAUUUGAUUUCCUAUUUUUGACACCAUUUAAGACAAAUGAUAUAAAAUUUUGGAUCA